GAAGACAAUUGUCAUUAACAUUGACAUCCAGACUAUAGGAAAACGAUGUUUAUUGGGUUCUUCGUCCUCUUGGUGACAUACUAUACCUGUCACGUAGCUGAAAGUAUACAGACUCGAGAAUAUAAUAUUGGAGACGACUGUCCAAAAUCCGAAGAAGUUAACGAGAAUCGCCAAAUUAAUCUUAACUAUGAUGGACAAAGAGUUAGCUCGUGUUCCUACAUGUAUUUCCAAGGACAAGGGGAGACACUCAGUGAUGAAUAUCAAGUCUGUGUUACACCGAAGUGGUUCAGGGAUUAUUACUGCAGCGUGGAAAUAGUGUUUAGAUCUGGUUACAUGGGCAAAAAAUUAAAGACCUUUUCUUGUUCAAGCUCUUAUUCAAGCUCAAAAUUCUGUGCCGAUACUGGUAAACUACUUUACAUAGACUUCACUCAAGUUUAUGGAAAAUCAACAACCGGUGUCAGUUUCAGAUUUCUUAUCACUGGUAAAAAGAUUGAUUUAAGUGACAUAGCUUGGGGCGUUAUCGGUGGAGUAAUCGGGGGCAUCUUGUUAGUUACGUUGCUAACUGCUCUGUUCUGUUGGUGUGUCUGUAAAAGAAAGCCGACUGUGGGACGAGUACUCACCCAUACUGGUCAAGUUACAACAAGUUCUGUCAUAACUCAGCCAACCUAUCCCUAUCCCACAUCUGCUGCACAACCAGCUGGAAACAUCACCUCAUAUCCAGCAGCGAAUUAUUCAACACCUUAUGCAACUGAUUAUGGUACUCAGUCCUCAAUUCAGUCCUCGCAAACAGUGGAAUGGCAACCACCACCAAAACAAGCGUCUGCUCCUCCCCCGCCAAGUUAUGAUGAAAUCAUGAAUUAGACUAAACUGUUCAAACCUGUGAAAGGAAAUCAAAGGCAAAAAUUAUGCAUGACACAACCAUGAAUGCUUUAAUGUUACAUUUACCUUAUUAAGUUUUUCUUUUUUUAAUAUAUUUGUAAGACUCCAAUGUCCGAUGGUGACGCCAAAGUCCGAUGGUCGCGCCAAACCCCGAUGGUCUGCGCCAAACCCCGAUGGCUCCUUGUCAUUACGGACGCCAAUGUCCGAUGGUCACGACAAAGUCCGAUGGCUCGUUUCCUAUGAGACGCGCGACGCUAAAGUCCGACGUCAUUACCUUAUUCUGCAUUCAAAAUUUAUUGAUUCAGUAUUUGUGUCACAUGUGUAUUUACGGAUAUUGCUUUUUGUUUUCACCCACCAGAGGUAUUAGAGUUAGUCCUCGUACACCACUGAAGUGAUAAGGGUUAGUCCUUGAACAGUAAGGUGCUUCUUCGAACCCACCCGAGAAAUUUUAGGGUUAGUCCUCGCACACUAUUGGACUGAUUAAGAUUAGUCCUGCACCCACCUAUAAUAGUUAGGUUAGAGUUGAUACUCACUUUUCGACUGAUAAGUCUUAGUUUCGCACCUACAUCCAAAAGACGAGGGUUAGUCUUUGUAUUUAUGAUAUUUUGUAUUUAUUUAUUGGCAUGCCGAGGCAUCGAAUUCUUAAGCAGUAGUACUAUGACGUCAUAGACGUUAAUUGUUUUCUGUACCAUCGGACUUUAGCAUGUCAAACCAUCGGGGUUUGGCGCAGACCAUCGGACUUUGGCGUGACCAUCGCACUUUGGAGUCCUACAUAUAUAAAUUUAUAUUUUUGAUUAUUGAUAUAUUAAGUCUGCUAAAUUUUCUUUGAACUAAAUACAGUUAUUGUUAUUCCCUCUUAGACAAGUUAUACCUCUUAGACAGACGUACAUUUAUGAUAGUCUUGUCUGUUUUAUUACCUGUGUUUUGUUUUUCAUAUCCAAUCAAUAAUUCAAAAAUUCUAGGUCUAGAACCAUCAACUUUGCAAGAUGUGCACACAUACAAAAUACGUCUGAAACCUUCAAUAAUUAUAAUAUUGCAAGUUACUGUUGAACUUGACAUUCCAAGGACCGAUAUGUUUUCCGAGUGAUUUCAAUUUCAAAUGUUACCUUCCAGAAAAACCUAUUCGUAUAAUAUUACAUCAAUCAAGUUACGAAAGGUGGUUGCAAUUAAUUAUUACAGAUUGAUAAUAAGGAUAAGUGUAUUUCCGUUUUAUACGGCAGCGACAAUUAUUUUCAUUUUAUAAGAAUUGAAUGAGCAAGGCUGAAAAUAAGGUAGAAUGAUGCAUAUUUGUAAUUAAUAUUAAUAACUACAGUAUAGAAGAUGUAUCUUAGGGGUCAAAAGCAAUUAUAAGUUGUUACCAUGGAGACUAUUUUGAUAGUGGUGGUGG